UUUUGUACCAGAUGAAGGACUUGCGCUUCCGGAGCAUGCAACGCAUCCCAGACAGAACCAGGGCUCCGGGGAACCUCCUCGAGGCUGCUCUCGCGGACCUGGAAUACCUUCGGACGCUGAAUGAUCCAUCCAUUGGGAAUUCUUCUGUGCAGCAGGUUCGUCGAAGAUUAAUCCGCAGGAAGCGCGGCAUAGCCGACUUCGACAAAACACGCAUCCGCGUUACAACGCUGAGCAUUCAAGUUGGCGACAUAUUGCGAUUUCGUUCUGAACUCCUUGGCGAGGACACAUUUGGCGAAAACAGCACGUACUGGCUC